AUGGAGAAUACAAACAAUAAUAAUAGUCAACACUUUAAAAAGUUGGGUGAAGAUUUAUUAAAAGAAAAAAAGGUUAAAGCACAGUUACUAUUCUUUUGUCAAGUUGGAAGUCAUAGUUUUAAUUUGAAUGUAGAAACUAGUGACAAUGAUUACUUUGGUGUCUACGAAUUAGAUGCCGAUCAAUUGCUGUCACUUACACUGUCACCACAUGCUGCCCUUAUCGAUGGUCAUCAACCAGAAGACUUUGUCUUGUACGAACUAUCAAAGUUUUGUGAACUCUUGCUCAAAGGUAAUCCAAAAUUGGUGGAACCUCUAUUCACUGAGAGAAAUUGUUAUAUCUCUCAAAAAUGGGAACAACUACGAUCCAUCAGACAUUCAUUCAUUUCACAAUUGGUCAUUAGUCAUUAUGUAAGCUAUAGUAAAUCUCAACUAGGUGAUGCUAAAAAGGCUCAAAAUGAAAAGACUUCUAGAGUCACUACCCCUUCUUCCUCUUCUCCAACUUCAUCAUCAUCAUCAUCUUCAACUUCUACAUUUACACCAUCAAAAGGAUCAACAGAAGAAAGAAAAGAAAAGAAUAAUGAUGGUCUAAGUAACAAUCACUCUCCAAGUAAAAAGUUGUAUCAUACCAUUAGAUUACUACAUGAAACAGUGAGAAUGCUAAAUGGUGAUGAUCCACUAGUUUAUCUUCAAGGUCAACACAGAGACUACAUUAUGAAUAUUAGAAUGGGUAAAAUAAGUGUUCAAGAAUCAAUGGAUCAAGUCAACAACCUCUACGAACAAGUGUAUAAAAGUAUCGACGAAAUGAAAUCGACCAAUCCACACAAUAUUCCAAUGGUUGGAGACAAAAUGGCUCUAAACAACUGGAUUAUAAAUUGUAGAAGGUCAACUAUCAACCAAUUUAAAUCAUCUACCACCACUACUAGUAGUGAAUACUAUAAUGAAGAUCAACUAAAGUUGGUUGGGUUUGACAAACAAUUUGAAACAGUGAUUGACAAAUGUAAUGAAAUUAUGGUCAACAACAACAUCACUGAUUAUAAUAUUCUUUAUGUUGGUAGAUCGGGUAGUACUCUUCAUGGUGUCAAAAAGAAUGAUCAAGAUUGGAUUGCAGUGUAUGCAACAAAGACAGACACACAAUUCUCAUUGUACCAACCAAUAGACAGACUUGACAUUACAUCAUCACCCACCACCAAUAAUACAGAUGCAUCAUCAACGACAAGAGAUACAUACGUCACUGGUAUUCAAUUAUUUGAAGUAUCAUACUUUUUAAACCUACUAUCACAAGGAAAUCAUCGUGCUGUAGAACAGUUUUACAAUGAAAAGGUAGAUUAUUGUUCAAGCCAGGUAUGGGAUGAUCUAAGAUUGAAAAAUAUCAACUAUCUCACUGCCAACUUUAUUCAACAUUGUUGGGGUGUAGCUCAAGGUCAAAUUGCCAAAUCAAAAUCUUUAUUAUCAUCAAACAAAAAUAAUGACAAUGACAAUGAAGAUAUUUUCAAUUGUAUAAGAAAACAUUGUUAUCAUGCAUCUAGAUUACUUUAUUUAACAGAAUCUGUAUUAAAGAACAAUACCCUCGAAAUUAAACCAAAUGAAUCAGAAAGGGAUAAAUUAAUUGCCAUUUUAGAGACUAAAUUAAAUUUCGAUUCACUUGAUAAAUUAAUUCAAGAGACCUCAUCACAAAGCAAUUUGAUUAAUUUGCAAACCACCAAACUUGGUUCUUCCUCAAAAGAGAAAAAGGCCCAAGAAACAAAUGUAAAAAGCUCUGUAAAUAAUUGGAUUGUAAAGUUGCGAUUAUCACUUUAA